GGCUGUGCUGGGCCGUGCCGGGCGCCCCGGAGCUCCUCGGCCAUGGCAGAGCGCGUCGAGCAGCGGCUGGAGGAUCGCAUCCCGGAGCUCGAGCAGCUGGAACGGGUCGGGCUCUUCACGCGCAAAGAGAUCCGGGCUGUCAUGAGGAAAGCCUCGGCUCUGGAGUACAAAAUACAGCGGAGAGCGCUGCGGAAGGAGGAUUUCAUUAAUUACAUCCAGUAUGAAGUUAAUCUGCUGGAACUGAUCAAGAAAAGAAGAGCACGCAUUGGAUAUUCGUUUAAGAAGGAUGAAAUUGAGCACUCUAUCCUGCAUAGAGUCCACAGCCUGUUCAACCGAGCCACGGGGAAAUGGAAAGAUGAUGUCCAGCUCUGGCUUUCCCAUGUUGCGUUUUGCAAGCAGUGGAACUCAAAACAUCAACUCAGUAAGGUGUUUUCUACCAUGUUGGCCAUUCAUUCCAAUAAACCAGCACUGUGGAUUAUGGCAGCAAAGUGGGAAAUGGAGACACGACUGUCAUCAGAAAGUGCCAGGCACUUGUUCCUUCGUGCUUUGCGCUUCCAUCCAGAAUGCCCCAAACUUUAUCAAGAAUAUUUCAGAAUGGAGCUUAUGCAUGCUGAAAAACAGAGGAAGGAGAAGAAGGAAUUUGAACAAGCAAAGAUGGACCUGGGGGAAUUCAGUUACUCUGAAGAAAUUCUCAAUGGGGAAAUGGCUCGCAUAGUCUACAGGGAUGCUUCUCAGAAAAUUAAAGGUGUUGAGUUCCAGCUGGCUGUGCUCUCUAUUGCAAAGCUCUUUGAUUUUACCCAAGAUUUGCAAAAAGAAAUCCUUGAAAGUUUGCAGGCCAAAUAUGCUGAUGAUCCCCUGACAUGGGACUACAUGGCCCGCCGGGAGCUGGAGCUGGGGUCCCUGGCACCCACAGAACAAACCACAAAACAGAAGAAAGUCUCAGAAAUGGCCCAGAGAGAGGAACGGUGCUGUGCAGUCUUUGAUGAAGCUGUGAGAGCAGUCCCAACAGAGGACAUGUGGAAAUGCUACGUCACUUUUUGCUUAGAGAGGUACAACAGAAAAACCAAUAGUGCAGAAUUAAAGCAAAAGAGGCUGGACAGAACACUGAGUGUAUUCAGCAAAGCCCAUGAGUCCAGUUUGCUUUCAGAAGCUCUCUACAAGCAGUGGCUUCAGCUCUUACUGGACUCCAACCUCUCUGAGAAGGCUGUGGAGGUGGCAGAAGCUGCAACCAGGCACUUCAGCCAGUCCGUGGAAAUAUGGCAGAUGAGGCUGCAGGUUCUGAUCCAGCUGAAGAGGGAUGAUGUGACCCAGUGUUUUGAAGAAGCCAUUAAACAUGUAAAAUCUAAGGUCUGUGGCACUUUGCCAUUGUGGACCCUCUGGGUGGAAUGGAGUGAGGGCACAAACAGCAAGGAAGAAACAGAAGCUCUCUAUCAGAGAUCCUUACAUGCCACAACGCCUGCUGAAUCUGUGACUAUGAAAGAAAUGUAUCUUGACUGGACUUACAGAAAUUGUGGUUAUAAGACAGUUAAAAGACUCUUUACCAGCCUGUGUGAAAAUCGUCCAUUUUCACUUGACUUCUUCAGGAAGAUGAUCCAAAUAGAAAAGGAGCAAGAAUCCUGCAAAAUGCUUCAUCUGAGAGAAUACUAUGAACGUGCCUUGAGGGAGUUUGGUUCAACAAAUACUGAUCUCUGGCUGGAUUAUAUCAAGGAGGAGCUAAGUCAUCCCCAAGGCAAACCAGAAAACUGUGGGAGCAUUCACUGGCGAGCUAUGAAGAUGCUGCAGGGAGACCUGGUGGAAGAUUUUGUUUCUAAAUACACUUUAUUGCAAACUGGACAUUUAUGAAAAAACUAUACAUAGUUAUAACAUGACUAUGCAUUUUUAAACUUCUUUGUACAAAGGUAAAUAUAUG